AUGAUUAGUAUUGCAGCUCAACCUCUGCCUCCUGUCGAAUAUCCAGUCAUUCUCUUCGAAGAUCUGGUGCCUCCCAUUACCGAUUUGUUUUCACAAAUAGGGAAAAAUCUCCAGUCUUCAGUUAACAUAUCAUAUUUCUUUCAUUUGUGGUUCCUCGGGUCAAAAGAUAUUCUCCUUUCUGGUUAUAAAAGCUCUUGCAGUUACUUCUGCAUGAACGGUUCGUCGAGACAUUCUCAAACAUGUUUAUGCAGGUGUCGGCAAAACAUUGGCCUCAACCCAACUCCUUGGGUUGGUUUCGAGGCAGCUUCGUCGUCACUAAUCAAGUACAACGCUGGAAUCAGUCUCAACAAGCCAGACUUCUCCCCGGGGCUCAUGAUGAGAGAGUUUGAGAGCUUCUCGAAUGAUAACAACAGCUUCACCAUCGGACGCUCUCGCUCAAUUGAUCCAUUCAUAACGGUGAAAGGCGGGAAAGCAGGGAUGGUGGUACAGAGAGAAUGGAGACCAAAGUUUCUCACAACUCUCCUUGCCGAGAAGGGAAUGUUGCAACCUCAUUAUGUUCUUUCUUCUCUCUGA